UGUCUUUCAACGUGUCUUAACUGUGUAGAAUAGGCUGCACGCUUAUUUACAUUCAAACAGCCAGGAGGAAGAGGCAGGGCUGAGAUUUGAGCAACACUUUUAAAGCCAGUCAUACAGCUAACCUCCUCACAUCAGCUUAAUCCGUUCCACUAUGUUUGUUUCUUUCAUCCUACUGUGGAUCUGCGUUUUCUUCUUCAUUCUCUGUGUCAAAAGUCAGAGACCAAAGAACUUUCCUCCAGGGCCUCGUCCGUUACCGAUACUGGGGAACCUAUUGAACCUCAGCCUGGACAACCCUAUCAAGGACUUUGAGAGGCUGAGGAAGCGCUAUGGAAACGUCUACAGUCUCUUCCUUGGGCCCAAACCGGCCGUAGUCAUCAAUGGGGUGCAGGCCAUGAAGGAGGCUAUGAUGACCAAAGCUGUGGAUUUUGCUGGGCGACCCCAAGACAUUUUUGUCACCGACCUCACCCAGAAUGGACUGGUUCUGGCAGACUAUGGCCCUAGCUGGAAGGAGCAUCGUCGCUUCGCUCUGAUGACCUUGAGGAAUUUCGGUCUGGGGAAGCAGUCCAUGGAGCAGAGGAUUCUGGGAGAGAUACAGUACACAAUGGAAACACUGGAAGGGAGCAUUGGUACAACGAUGAGUCCUCAAGUUAUGUUUCAUAACGCGGCCUCCAACAUCAUCUGCCAGGUCCUGUUUGGUACGCGUUACGACUACGACGACAACUUUAUCAAAGUGGUUGUUCAGUGCUUUAAAGAAAACUCCAAGAUAGCUAAUGGACCCUGGGCUAUGCUUUAUGACUCUUUUCCCAUGAUUCGAAACCUGCCGCUGCCCUUCAUGAAGGCAUUUAAGAACAUUGAGACUUGUAAGAAAUUUGCAACUCGUCAUAUUGCCGAGCACAAAGAGACCAAGGUUCCCGGGCAACCUCGAGACUUUCUGGACUGCUAUCUGGAUGAACUGGAUAAGAGUGGCGAUAACGGCUCCUCUCUCUGUGAGGAUCGACUCACCAUGUUUGUCCUGGAUCUUCACUUUGCUGGGACUGACACCACGUCCAACACCCUGCUCACUGGCUUCCUCUACCUCACGACUUACCCACAUAUACAAGAGCGAUGCCAGCAGGAGAUAGACCAAGUCUUGGAACAGAAGGAUCACGCCAGUUACGACGACAGACACAACAUGCCUUACAUGCAGGCUGUGAUCCAUGAAGUCCAAAGGGUAGCCAACACCCUCCCUCUCAGUGUCUACCACUACACAACUAAUGACACAAAGCUCAUGGAAUAUUUCCUACCCAGGGGUACAUUGAUCAUUCAAAACCUGAACUCGGUGCUAAACGAGGAGGACCAGUGGAAAUUCCCUCAUGAAUUCAACCCGGAAAACUUCCUGAAUGAUCAGGGAGAGUUUGUUAAGCCAGAGGCCUUCAUGCCUUUCUCUGCAGGUCCUCGUAUGUGUCUCGGAGAGGGUCUGGCUCGUAUGGAGCUCUUCCUCAUCACGGUGACUCUGCUGAGGAAGUUCAAGUUCAUCUGGCCCGAGGAUGCAGGAGAGCCAGACUACACCCCCGUCUACGGGGUCACUCUGUCUCCUAAACCUUACCGCAUGAAGGUCCAGCUCAGGACCACGCAGUAGACCAUCUCCUGUCACACAGGAGAAACGAUGAAGACUGAUUCAAAUGGACUCAAGUGGCCAGUAACUCCCAACGAGACAAAAAAUACAGUGAAAGAAAUAGAAAAGUACAUUUUCUUUAAUUCACCUUUAUAGAGACAGAGAGAGAAAUGAAUGACAUGAUAUUGUCCAUUUAGAGCUGUGAGAGAAAAGACUAGUUAAUGGCUCCCUCAAGUGGACAGAAUUGGGUAUUACAUUUAAUAAAGUUUUAUUUCUGAACAUGAGCAGUAUGGCACAGGCUGCUUAAUGGAAAAAAAUAUAACUGUCUUAGUUAAGUUUGGUAUAGUCGGCCACUUUGUUUUAUCAAACUGAUUGGAUGGACGUAUGCAAUAUGGAGUAUAUACAGUAGAUGAAAUGUAAAUUUUAAACUAAUUUUGAUUGUUAAAGGGGACAUAUCGUGCUCAUUUUCAUGUUCAUACUUGUAUUUUG